AUGAUGAAAGCUUUAACGUACAUGGGCCCCGGUGUCAUCUCAUGGCACUCAAUCCCAAAGCCAAAAAUACUCCAGCCAACAGAUGUCAUUGGAAAAGUUGUUGCUACCACUAUCUGUGGUUCUGACCUCCACAUAUUGAAAGGUGAUGUUCCCGAAACCACUGCAGCAGCAAGUAAAAACCCCGAAAAGGGCCUAGUCCUUGGUCAUGAAGCCAUCAUUGAGGUUGAGAGUGUGGGGAAAGACAUCAAGAAGUUCUCACCAGGUGACAUCUGCAUUGUUUCAUGCAUAACUUCAUGUGGCAGCUGCUACUAUUGCAAGAAAAACCUUCAAUCUCAUUGCAACGGUAACGAAGGGACUUCUGGUUGGAUUUUCGGUCACGAAAUUGACGGCACUCAAUCUGAAUACGUAAGGGUCCCCUUUGGUGACACCUCUUUGUUUAAGGUUCCAAAAGGUGUCUCAUACGACAAACUUUUGAUGCUUUGUGAUGCAAUGCCAACCUCUUAUGAAAUCGGCGUUUUGGCUGGAGGUGUGAAACAGGGCGAUUCAGUUGCAAUUGUUGGUUUAGGCCCUGUUGGCCUAUCUGCAUUGCUCUCUGCAAAGACUCUAAGGCCAGCUCAAAUCAUUGCUAUUGACAUGGAUGAUGAAAGACUAGAGUUGGCCAAGCAGUUUGGAGCAACUCAUACUAUUAAUACGGGAAAACUUACCACCCAAGCUUUGACAAGCGAAGUUUUGCAGCUUACCUCCAACCUAUCUCCCGGCAGAGAACAAGGUGUUGACGUUGCCAUUGAAUGUGUUGGUAUUCCUGCAACCUUUGAACUGUGCGAAGAUUUGAUAGCUUCAGGCGGUUCCAUUGCAAAUGUCGGUGUCCAUGGUAAAAGCGUCGAGUUGAAGCUACAGAAUCUCUGGAUCAAAAACUGUAAAAUCACCACUGGCUUGGUUUCUGCUAAUACUACCGAGGAGUUGCUCGAAAAAGUGGUCGAUGGCACCUUAGAUCCAAGCUUGAUCAUCACCCAUCAUUUCAAGCUCGACGAAAUCGAAAAAGCAUAUGAAGUCUUCAAGGAUGCAAAAACUACGAAGGCUAUGAAAAUAGUUUUGACACCAUGA